UGUCCCACACCCGCACGCACAACCCCUCUUCUCCUUUUAAACCCACAUCCUCUUUCCAAUUUCCAUAAUUCAAAUUCAUCUUUUGUUCUCACAUUUUCUUCAAUCAAUCUCUUCCCCUACCUAAUGGCUAUGGAGCUUCAACUUGGUCUUGCUUUAAUCCCCACCAAUCCCAUCAAACCCUUCGACUUAAACACCCAUAACAACAAUCCCAUUUCCUUGGUUUUUGAUUCUAUCAAUCACAAAAAGCGUUCUCGUCAUCUCGACUCCCCUGCGACAUUUCGUCAAACACUUCCUCUGCUUCUUUGGAAUGACCAUCCCAAUGAUGGCGAUGACGAUGACCCUAAUGACCCCCAUUCUGCCUCCUCUAAUGAUUCAGACGAGGAGGAGGAAGAGGAGAAUGGGCUUGUGGGAUGGCCGCCGCUUAAGAAGAGGAGGAAGAGUCUUUUUAUGAAGGAAGGGGUUGGACGGAGAGCGGUGAUCCGCCGUCCAGCGGUGAAGAACGACGGCGUGUUUUGGAGAGGAUUGGAUUUGAAUAAUUCUCGAUACGUGAAAGUGAAGAUGGAGGGAGUGGGAAUUGCUAGGAAGGUUGAUUUGAGGGAACAUCAUUCUUUUGAUGCGCUUAGAGCUACUUUGAUGAAGAUGUUUGAUGAAACGAAUUCGGAGGGUUACAAACUCACUUUCCAGAAUACCAAGGGUGAAUGGUUACUUGCUGAGAACGUAACUUGGAGGAAUUUCAUCGGAACUGUUCAACGGAUCAAUCUGGAAAAGAAGUCCGGGUGAUGAGUGAUGAGUGAUGAGGGUUUACCGGCGGUGGGUUGUCAGAGAAUCGGAUGCUGUCUAAUUAAAAUAUAUCUCUUAUGUUUUUUUGUUUUAAAAUAGCAGUUUUUUAAGUUUGAAUGACUGUAUAUGUAAUGAUAUAUUGAGAAAACUUAAACUUUAGAUUAUCUUUUUGACCUUA